CUCCGGGCCCCGCGCCGCGCGCCCGCUGGCUCGCUGGGGACAGGCAGCAAUCGGAGCAGCACUGCCGCCUCUGGCGCGAAGGCUCAGGCGCCUCCUCCCGCCCCGGUCACUGUGGCUCGGCGCACGCUGCCGGCGGCUGCCCUUUCCGCCUCUGGGGAAGAAAACCCGCGGGCCGCUGUCGCGCUUGAGCCAUGGCCUCGGGCCGGAGGGGCUGGGACAGCUCCCACGAAGACGAUCUGCCCGUGUACCUGGCCAGGCCGGGGACCACGGACCAGGUCCCGCGGCAAAAGUACGGCGGCAUGUUCUGCAACGUGGAGGGCGCCUUCGAGAGCAAGACGCUGGAUUUCGAUGCCCUGAGCGUGGGGCAGCGGGGCGCGAAGACUCCUCGGAGCAGCCAGGGCAGCGGCCGCGGCUCGGGGAGCCGACCCGGAGUCGAGGGGGACACCACGCGCAGGGGCCAAGGGCGGGAGGAGAGCAGGGAGCCCGCGCCCGCGCCCGCGUCGCCCGCGCCCGCCGGGGUGGAAAUCCGAAGCGCCACGGGCAAGGAAGUGUUGCAGAACCUCGGCCCCAAGGACAAGAGUGACCGUCUCCUUAUCAAGGGAGGCAGAAUCGUCAACGAUGAUCAAUCUUUUUAUGCUGAUAUUUACAUGGAAGAUGGCUUAAUAAAGCAAAUUGGAGACAAUCUGAUUGUCCCUGGGGGAGUGAAGACCAUCGAAGCCAAUGGGAAGAUGGUGAUCCCUGGAGGCAUCGAUGUCCACACUCACUUCCAGAUGCCAUACAAGGGAAUGACCACAGUGGAUGACUUCUUCCAAGGGACAAAGGCUGCCUUAGCGGGUGGCACCACCAUGAUCAUCGACCACGUGGUGCCUGAGCCCGAGUCCAGCCUGACUGAGGCCUAUGAGAAGUGGCGCGAGUGGGCUGAUGGGAAGAGCUGUUGUGACUAUGCCUUGCAUGUGGACAUCACCCACUGGAACGACAGCGUCAAGCAGGAGGUGCAGAGCCUCAUCAAGGACAAAGGGGUUAACUCCUUCAUGGUUUACAUGGCCUAUAAGGAUUUGUAUCAAGUGUCCAACACAGAGCUCUACGAGAUCUUCACCUGCCUGGGAGAGCUGGGGGCGAUCGCUCAAGUUCAUGCUGAGAAUGGGGAUAUCAUUGCCCAGGAGCAAACCCGGAUGUUGGAAAUGGGGAUAACCGGUCCAGAAGGCCACGUACUGAGCAGACCAGAGGAGCUGGAAGCUGAGGCUGUGUUCCGUGCCAUCACCAUUGCCAGCCAAACCAACUGCCCUCUCUACAUCACAAAGGUCAUGAGCAAGAGCGCAGCUGACCUCAUCUCACAAGCCAGGAAAAAAGGAAAUGUGGUCUUUGGUGAGCCCAUUACUGCCAGCCUCGGCAUAGAUGGAACCCAUUACUGGAGCAAGAACUGGGCCAAGGCAGCUGCAUUUGUGACAUCCCCACCUCUGAGCCCUGACCCGACCACUCCAGACUACAUCAACUCCUUGCUGGCCAGCGGGGAUCUGCAGCUCUCUGGAAGUGCCCACUGCACCUUCAGCACUGCCCAGAAAGCAAUUGGGAAGGACAACUUCACAGCCAUUCCCGAGGGCACCAACGGAGUGGAGGAGCGGAUGUCUGUCAUCUGGGACAAGGCCGUGGCCACAGGGAAAAUGGACGAAAACCAGUUUGUGGCCGUGACAAGCACAAACGCUGCCAAGAUCUUCAACCUGUAUCCCCGCAAGGGAAGAAUAUCUGUGGGUUCCGACAGCGACCUGGUCAUCUGGGAUCCAGAUGCUGUGAAGAUCGUCUCUGCCAAGAACCACCAGUCUGCUGCAGAGUAUAACAUCUUUGAAGGGAUGGAGCUCCGUGGGGCUCCUCUGGUUGUCAUCUGCCAGGGCAAGAUCAUGCUGGAAGACGGCAACCUACAUGUGACCCAGGGGGCCGGCCGUUUCAUCCCCUGCAGCCCAUUCUCUGACUAUGUCUACAAGCGCAUUAAAGCCAGGAGGAAGCAGAUGGCAGACCUGCAUGCCGUCCCGAGGGGCAUGUAUGAUGGGCCUGUGUUCGACCUGACCACCACCCCCAAAGGGGGCACCCCCGCGGGCUCUGCCCGGGGCUCUCCGACUCGGCCAAACCCACCUGUGAGGAAUCUCCAUCAGUCUGGAUUUAGCCUCUCAGGCACCCAAGUAGACGAGGGGGUCCGCUCAGCCAGCAAGCGCAUCGUGGCGCCCCCCGGAGGCCGUUCUAACAUCACAUCCCUGAGUUAAGCAACCCCUCCCCAAAGAGAGGGGCAGAAGCAACAAGUGAUUUUGUUUGAAGCCAAAAUGGUCCACCGAUAUUUAAGAAGGAAAGUGAAUCCAAACAUUUGCGAUCUAAAGAAUCAAUAAGCCUCAAGCCUUAUGUUUCUCUGAUGUUACGCUCGCUUGCCUAGCUUUACGAAUAUUGCUUUGUUUCUGUUUAUGCAUAGCCUUGAAUUGUUUGACCUCUUCCCCCAUUUACAUGCAUGCGAUCAGACAGGCCACUAAGGUAAAGGAGUCUGCUAUAUUAUAGUGUUGAGAGCGUGUGUAGUGCUGCAUCUUGCGACAAGGGGACAGACAAAGCUGGUAUGUCAGGGAAAUGAACAAAAGGGACACAAGUUAUUUGGGGUGAGUGGGUGGUGGGAGCCCAGAGAAAGGUAAGGGUGCAGAGGGGCUGGUGUAGGGCGUGCAGGAGGGAGGUGGGUGGGCCGGGUGAGCAGAAGGGGGUGUUGCGUAUUGUGUUGACGACAUAUGUCUAUUUCCACGGAAGAUGGCCACGUGUGGCAGCUGCCACUUCAUCAUGGUCUCCUGGGGUCUGGAGAAGGCAGGCAGUCUUUGGAUUCUGAACUUUGUCGUGUCCCCUCUUGGUAGAUGUUGUUUCUUUGAACAUUUUAUUAAAAUGCCAAAACCCAA